GUGCGUUACGCUGAACGCGGCAAUAAAAUUGCUCCCCAGAGCAACUUUAGCGUAAACGUUUCAGUUCUUUACGCAUUUGCUGAGUUGUUACUUUAUAAUGAGCGACAACGAGAAAGAAUUCAGGGAGCAGGUUGAGGUUGGAAGAAAGAAAAAGGCGGAAGACGUUUCAGAUGUGAAGUUUUUAUUGUUUGAAGCUGAUGGUGUUGAUGCAUGCUAAUGUAUGGCAGAGAUGCUGAAAAAAGGAGCGAUCAAGAUCUGUCCCCACUUCUAGUGUUGUAAUGGGAGAUGGUAAAAGGGGGAAGAGGAGGCAAAAAAGAAGUCAUAUAUUCAAACGGAAGAAAGAAGAAAUGAAGGGUUGUUAUGAAGUAAUGAAGUUAAAGAAGUUAUGAAGUUAAGAUGAGAAGUUUUCCAGGGACUCUCGGGCCGGCUCACGGAGCCCAUCUCCUCGAGGGUCUCCUAAAUCCACCAGCCGCUCACCAGUGCGCUCCAGAGGUGGCUCCCGCCAUUCCAGGUCCAAAUCUCACUCCCGAUCUAGAUCCCGGUCCAGAUCCAAAUCCAGGUCUCGGUCCCACCGAAGCUCACGCAGGCACCACUCCCGUUCUCGCUCCCGCUCCCGCCGACGCCGUUCCAGGAGCCGAUCUCGCAGCUCUGAGUACCGCCGGCGCAGGAGUCAUAGCCGCUCCCCCAUGUCGAAUCGGCGCCGACACAUUGGGAACAGGGCCAACCCAGACCCCAACACUUGCCUGGGUGUUUUUGGUCUGAGCCUCUACACCACUGAGAGGGACCUAAGGGAGGUUUUCUCUAAAUAUGGCCCUCUGUCCGAUGUCAACAUUGUGUAUGACCAGCAAUCGCGCCGCUCCAGAGGUUUUGCCUUUGUCUAUUUUGAAAACUGUGAGGACUCCAAGGAGGCCAAAGAACGAGCUAAUGGAAUGGAGCUGGAUGGGCGCAGGAUCCGAGUGGAUUUCUCAAUUACCAAACGAGCCCAUACUCCCACUCCAGGAAUCUACAUGGGACGCCCCACAUACGGUGGUGGUGGUGGCGGCGGUGGCGGCGGCGGUGGUGGUGGUGGCGGCGGCGGCGGCUCAUCCCGUCGUGUCUCAAGGGACUACGACAGGGGCUACGACAGAGGCUACGAUAGAGGUUACGAUCGUGACUAUGAUCGUUAUGAUGACCGCGAGUACCGUUCAUACAGACGCAGAUCUCCAUCUCCAUACUAUAGUAGAGGAUACCGCUCUCGAUCACGGUCCUACUCGCCACGUCACUACUGAGCAGCAAAAGAAGCGACAGAAGUAUUACCAUUUGGAUUUUUUUUUUUUGUUAGUUUGUUUUUAGAUUUGGCCAUAUUAUGUAUGUGAUAAGAACUCUGCAUCUGUUUGUGUAUCAAAAGUUUAACAAAAUUUACCCCCGCAAAAAAAAAAAAAAAAAAAAAAAAAAAAAUUCUCUCCGAGCACAAGAAUGUCAGCAGGGAAUCAUGCUGCGCCAAGUCUGUGGGAAAUUUGUCAUUUUUGGAUAUUAAGUGUGAUUAAAAUUAAUUGAAAGCACAACCCGUCUGUCAGUGGUAAUUAAAAGGCUGGCAUGUGCUCAGCUGUCGUGUUUUUAUCAUGGCAGGAUUUUCUGUGCCAGUUUUAUUACUUUCUCAUUUUGCUCUAGGUUGGUAGGUGACUUCUUUAAACUGUUGUGAGCCUAGUUUGCCCUUCAUUAAGUUUUAAAUGCCAUGUUUCUUUUUGUCUUUACUUGAUUGAACGUACAUUUUUGUUUGUAUAUAAGAAAUAAAAAAUACUUUGAGCA